CCCUGUAAAAACUGGCCAGUUUCCUGAUGAGUUGCUAGGGGGCACUAUUGUGUGGAUGAAAGAGCUGCUGCAGAGGAGAGGCCUAAUCAUGAGUCUUGAGAGGAGCCAGUCCAGACUUGACUCUAUUCACUUGCCUGUCUCCGGAACCCCUCACAUCCUCCAAGCCUGUCUGCCCAACGUGCCACUCCUCUGCCCGCUUCUUGGUCCCACCCUGCUCCUGAGGCCAAGAAGUUGCUGAGGACAGGGAGGCACUGGCAUAGUGUCAGCAUCACAUCUGAGCAGAGAAGCAGGAGGGAAGUGGCUGAUAGCUCAGGUGUUCUUGAAAAAAGUGCGUGUGCUUUGGGGGUGGAAAAGGACAUGAGGAAUAAAAGGACCUGGGAGCCCACUGAUCAGAAUGAAACAGAUGUUGAAAGAUUUUUCAAAUCUAUUGUUAGUUGUGCUCUGUGAUUAUGUUCUUGGUGAAGUGGAAUAUCUCCUCUUGGAGCGACCAGGUCAUGUAGCCUUAAGUAACGACACGGUGUCUGUUGAUUUUCAGUACUUUGUCAGUGGUAAUGUGACAGCAAAGAAUGUAUCCAUCCUACUGCUGGAUGCCAGCACCAACCAGACCAUUGCAAAAAAACAGCUUCCACCAAGCCAGUCACGGGGGAUAGUAGGGUUUGAAUGUUUCUCUUUCAAGACUGCUGGGGACUAUUGGUUCAGAAUGAUCUCUGAGAUUGAUAAUGGCACUGAAAUUCACUGGAGGGGUGGGAGCACCCUCCUAAGUGUGGAAUGGCCUGUAUUUCACAUUGACUUGAACAGGACCUCUGAGGUGCUCAGGAGUUCCCUUCAGGUUGGACUUUUCACUAAUAAACAAUUGUGUGCUAUGAAUGAGACAGUGGUUUCAUUGGACGUGAUAUUCACCAACAGCCUGUAUGAACUAGGAAGAUUAAGCUCUAAUGAGGCAUUGGGAAUGCGAAUUAGCAAAGGAAUCUUUCUCGCUAGAUCCCAGUGGGUGGAGUUUGACUGCCCACCUAUUGACCAAGAAGUGUAUGUCACGGUGUUACUGAAAUCAUUAGAGACCAACUCAGUCAUCGCCUCAACAGGGCCCAUAGACCUCAUCCACAAAUUUGGAUACAAACUAGUGGUGGCACCAGAAGUGAUGUGCAAGUCGUCCAUUCUGGUGUUUAUUGUCUCCCCUCCAUGCAUUGCCAUCAAUGGGAAGGUUGCUGUGUACAAGGAAGUUCUCAGACGUCCUGGUGAAAGAACGACAUGGCUAGAUGAAAACUUCCUACGCCCAGGGAGCAACAGAACAGAAUUUAACUGCACUUUGUUUGACGUGGGGAAAAAUAAAUAUUGCUUUGAAUUUUUUGACAUUUCAAGCCAAAGCCAAUCGCCCCCAAGAGUUAAGGAAUGUAUGGUGAUCCGAAGGAAUAUAGAAACAUGGAGCCUGUGGCAGCCCUGGAGUCCUUGCAGCGUGACCUGUGGGGAUGGAGUCCGUGAGCGACACAGAGAAUGUCUCACAUCGCUGCCAGCAAAACCAGGCUGUGUUGGGACACCAAAAGAGACUUCGCUGUGCUCUCUAGAGGAAUGUUCUAUUAUAAAGCCUACCACCCCUCCUUCUGUACAGCACCAAGAGGAUCAGAAAGCUAAUAAUAUAGUCACCAUCACUGGCAUCUCCUUGUGCUUGUUCAUAAUCCUAGCCACUGUUCUCAUCACCCUGUGGAGGAAGCUCUGCAGAGCUCAGAAGUGCAGCACCUCUGUGCGCUGUAACUCUGUCCAUUCGCCCAGUGUCCACAAGAACUCCGACGAAGAGAACAUCUGUCAAGCUGGCACGCAGCGGGAGAGCUUUUCCGCGGGCAGCGAAGCGCCUCGAGUGCAAGCCGGAGAGCCUGUUAACAUACCUUUGACCUGUAGGAGGAGCCUUCAGUUUGCUCAAGAAGAGGACACCUCUGUCAGUGACAAUUUUCAGUCAAAUGCUCAAAAAAUAAUCCCUCCAAUUUUCAGCUAUCGCCUUGCACAGCAGCAGCUGAAAGAGAUGAAGAAGAAAGGCCUGACUGAAACCACAAAGGUGUAUCACGUAUCUCAGACGCCUCUGACUGACACUGUUAUUGAUGCCACGGCUGUGCUUCCCCUGGGCACAGAAAACCAAGAGGAGGCUGCUGCACACAAAUUCAGGAUCAAAUCUCCAUUUCUGGAUCAGCCAGUCAGUCAUCUCAAAUUCCCUAGGGAAAAAUCUAAUUCUAGGGUGGACUCUGUACUGUCACAGGCCAAUCCUGUAACAAGCCCUAGUCAGACCCUCAUUAGACGAGCUCACCUGAAAUACCAAGAUAACAAAGGGGAGCCGUUAGAGAAAGGCUGUCACAGAAACCCACAGUUCAGAAGAACAGCCAGUUUCCAUGAAACUAAAAAGGUCAGGCCCUAUAGGGAACGGAGCAUGUCCACUCUUACCUCACGGCAGAUUCCUCUUUAUAGUGCCAGGACCAGAACGUGGGGUCAGGCACUGGAAGACAAGUCCCGGCCGACAUGUAAAGAUGCUGAUCCAAGUUCCGAAAAGUUUGACCAGUCUCAUUGCACUCUGUUAGCUGGUGAGCCACUGAGCUAUGGCACAAAAUACCGCCACAAAGGGGGCCCUCCAGUGGGGAGGCCGGAUCUGAUCAGUGACCGUCAGCCUGCAGGCCAAGUAGCAGGAGCUGACAAACCAGAGCCAAAUAGAAACAGGAGGGGCUCUUCACCAAACCAUCGAGGGGUUUUGAGGAAAGAACCCAUCUCAACUCUGAAAGAUAAUUACCGGCGAGGCAGUGCUCUAAGCCCUGUCCAGUACAGAAAGGACAAAUGCCAGAGCUUCCCCACAGACCCUGAAUUUGCCUUUUAUGAUAAUAAUUCUUUUGGCUUAACAGAAUCGGAGCAAUGGAUGAUUGACCUGCCUGGAUAUUUUGGUUCAAAUGAAGAAGAUGAAACAAGUACUUUAAGUAUUGAGAAACUGGUGAUCUGA